CAGGAGCUUUGCCGAUGAGAUUUGAAUCUCACUUCGACACACAGAUAGGCACAAAUUUGUCGAACACAGAAUGCUCACAAGGGAGGCUUCACCGCUUAGUAGUACCCCGCUGAUCCCCAGAUUAUUGACACCCAAUUGACCAUGUUAUUACAUGAUAGAUUUCUCUGGGAGUGGAUCACAAGAUCGAACAGAACAGCGUUCAAGAUUACCGAGGUGUUACGAUGGAUGUGGGAUAGCUCCCAACAACUCCGACUUGAUAUACAACCCAAGAAAAUCCAAUUGAGUCGAGAAGAAGACAAGCCGCUACCUACACAGUGUCCUCAUCACCCACAGGCGUGUACUGAUUCACAUAAGGCACCCUGGUUGCGUCCGGUCAGACACGAGAUCAAUCUAGCGUGUCGACCGGACUUGAACAGUACCUACUUAGCGAUGUUUCUCGCCGUCACAAGCCCAGCACAUCCCACCGCGUACAUGCUGAGCAGCGUUCUCCAAUCGCCUUUAUGUUCGACUACAAGAGUUACCAGGUCGUAGACCAGACAUCUGUCAACAAUUCAGUCACUGGCAGCACUCGCCAGACCGAAUCCCAAACCGGUCAGAACCUUGAUGGGCAAAGUGGCAGGUUGAUCCCUGAAGAAGCUGCAGAACCAUUGUGCAAGAAAUCCAGUACGCCAAUACCGACGAACGUCUUGGACACGAUGUAUGUAAGUAGAGAUGAGGUCGAGCUGGUGUUCAUUGGCCCAAGUUUCGUCACUAUAUACCAUAGUCGGCUGAAGGUGUUGAUCGUGACAGAUCCUUGGGUGAUGUCCAGUCGGCCAGAGUUCCAGGCGACCAGCCUAGCUGACUGUGUCAAUUGGGUGCUCGGGUAUCCUAGACGCGGUAUACUUACCUGCAAUGCUCAGAUCCCCAAGACAAUACUAAGGCACGAACUUCACCAUCUGCUCCAGCUCCGCUCUUUCGGCAGGUUUGGAAGGGUCCAGCUUCCAGAGACGAUACAGCUAGGCAACUUGAAAGAGUUGCUGCGGGAAGAAGAACCUAGCGACAAAGAAAGGUUGAGGGCUGAAGAAUGACAAGCUCUGAUCAUGGAUAUCUUUCAUAUUGAGGGACAAUAGCAUACCAUAGUUUUGACCCGCAAAUUCGACCUGAA